ACAAUGACUCAAGCUCAAGUUGUAGCUGGGUCGAGAUGUACCGUGUCCGGUGUGUGGAGUCGCUCUGACCGCCAUCAUUGCAGAGUACAGGCCACACGUACUGCUUCGCUCACUAAGCAGCUUUCCUUCCACCGAGAGACUUCAGGAAUCAAUAUUUAAAAUAGAAACGCUUCCGGUCGGGAAUAUGUGACCAGAAAGAGCUGAAAUACAUCGAAGUGAACAUGACUCAAAGUCAGCGCUAUUCUUUGGGAAAGUCUUCGGAGAAUGUAACCUGUAGGCAAACAGUUUUUCAGAUCUGCGUCAUGAGAGCUGCACUGUGGCUCUGGACCACAGCAGUUACUGUUCUAUGUAUCACUGCAUCUGAAAAACGAAACCAAUAUGGAUGUCCGGAUAUUACUGACUGCAAAGCGAAUUUGCCUUGUCCCAUUAUCCAUCUUGACUGCAGCAAUAAAAACUUCGGAUCCCUAACAGCAGACUCCAUAUACCCCGAGAGAAACUUCGGCAAACUUAGAGAACUGUGGAUGAACCAUAGUGGCAUCACCUCUUUGGGAUAUGAAGUGUUCUACAAUAUGAACAGUCUCAAGUCUCUGACACUGAGAGGAAACUUACUGGAUUCAUUGGACAACCGUGUAUUUUACAGCCUAAUUGAUUUAGAACACCUCGAUAUAUCAUAUAAUAAACUGACUUCACUAAACAAAAUCGAGCUGUUUGCUUUUCAAGCUAAUCUAAGAACACUGUUGUUGAGUUUCAACAAAUUAACCACUUUAACUAGGAUGAUAUUCCUUCAUACAAUUAAAUUAGAUUAUCUCGACUUGUCAUUCAAUAAUCUGUAUUUUCUUUCGGAUUAUCUGUUCUCAUCACAGGAACAUCUCUCCACGCUUCUACUGAAUGGCAACAGACUAACUACGAUAAAUAUAACUCUCUUACUUCCGCUUAGAUCAAUAAGGCGUUUUGAACUGUCCGAGAACCCACUUCAUUUUGACUGUAACCUCAGACCAAUAGUGCUCUGGUGUAAAGAGAUGAAGUUGGAUACAGGAACCGCCUUCCACAGGCAGAUGUCAGAAGAUGUAUCUCAAUGGCUGAGAUUAGAAUCCUUCCAGAACUGUUCGGGAAAUGAAAUUCAAGACGCCAUGCUUCCUGCAAGUGGCACUAACUUAACAAAGUCAGAUUAUAUACUGGUGUCAAUGUCCACUCUUUUGUUAGUAGUGCUGGGGUUUGUAAUAUUUACGGUAUUGCAGAUAAUAUGUUGUGCUCUGUUGUACUUUAAGAUGAGACUCAGAUUUGCAGCCAUUGUUGGAGAAGAGAAAAUAAUGCAGUCUGAUACAAGUUCCAACAAUAUUCACCAUUAUGAUUAUAUAUCAAGUCCUAACAUGUCAAACUUACCAGAACUUCCUGCUCGCCCCUCACAAACUGAGUCCUGUGAAAAUAGCGGAAAACUUCACGUAAAUAAAUCUCCGAAACCUGAUAAGUGUGGCAAUGUGCAAACAGCUGCUCUUCAUAUUGCAGAUGAUUUGCAAGAGCCGUGUUUAUGCAUAAGAAACGAUUUGUACGAGGAACAGCUGCUUAUGGUUGAAUCUGUUGAUAAUAAAUCGCAUCAUGCUCUUGUUGAAACUCCGAGAAUUACAGAAGAGGAGAAGAAGUAAUUAAAAAUAAAUCAUAGGCGCAUGGGUAUAUGUAUAUAUAUAUAUAAUUGUUAUAUUGUUGUUGUGGUAGAUUUGUAAUCUAUCUCUCCAUCAAAUCGGACAUUUACACAACGGAGUCGCCCGUUAAAUAGUAUCAAAUAGUAUCAAAUAUUAAAUAAUAACAUACAACAUAACAACGUACCUCCAAACACUACAUCAGCCAUUGUGUAUAUAAUAUGUCCGUAUACCUAUUACAUGUAUUACGAAUGCAACUACCAACUUCCAAGUAACAUCGCAUAUACAAUUUUUAACUAUACUUUUGACUAUGUAACUGAUCAAUUAAGAUUUUAACUUUUAUUGUAAUUUAUAUUUGAAUUCACUCAUAUCAUUUUAUACAAUUGUAUAUACUCGGAAGUUUAGCACUGUGACAUAUAUUUAACAUGCAAUUCAAUAACGAAAAGUUUAAUGUAUUAGCCUGAUGAUGGCUCUAUUGAAGGCUGAAACAUGUAGCAAAGUUAUCUUUUAGAGCUGCUUACAAGUGUUAUUGAUGUUGUGUUGUGACGGUUUUAAUGAAGAAAUAUUUAUAUUUUGACAUUAUUAUAGUUUUAAAACUAUUUUAUUUUCGUGUAGAGUAUUGAUAGCCAUAACAUUUUUUAUUUCCGGUUCAUAAGAAUAUUCAUGGGCGAUCCUCACAAAGAGGACCAGCGAGUUACACGCAGUCUGAGAACCGCUAGUUGCUGACCGCUGUCUGUUGUAAUCCUAGCUUCAAUAAUAACACCUACUAAGAUCUGGAAGCUGCCCGAAGCCUACUGUGACGUUAUCAACUUAUGAAUAUUCAGCGGAAGUUCCUUAGUUCAUAAAAGCACAAUAUCUGGUCACGCAGAAGCUAUAUCGCCUCAGUUGCUUCAUAUUUACAUGUAUCAGUUUGAGGGAAGAAAUGCCGCUUGGCAUAUAUAACGAAUCAGACACGAAUGUAUUUCAAAAUACCUUAAUCUCAUUUAAGACCUUGCAAUUUUUCUGUUCUUAACAGUGCAAUGCUCUUUCACAUUCAGUGUUAAAAACGAUAGCUAUAUGUUUCUUGCUGUACCCGAAGAGAAAAUCAUCUUCGGAAGUUGAGUAGAAAGCAGCACAUUAAAUGUUUAUUGGAAUCUAA